AUGCCUCCAUACCGUGCUAUAAAGGAGGAUUGGUCCGACUAUGAUGACGAGAGCGAUUUGGAAAUCUACGAACCAGAACAGGAGCGGGUGCCAGGCUCUUCAGCUCAAAAUCAUGUGGACGACAGAUCGGAUGACCAUCGAUCGGAUCACGAUGUCGAAGGCAAGGUGCAGGAACCGAUACACGAAUCCCUCGAGCAAGCCUCCAGCGACGAAUCGAUCGAUUCUACCGGUAUGAGGUCCUGGAGUGGAGGGCGAGAUGUUUGUUUCGAACAAGGGCCUGCCAAAGAUGAAGAUCAUAGGUCGCAACACAGUCUACAAAGGAAGUGUCAGGACGGACUGCCUGCGAAAACAGAGGAAUGGAUAGAAUUGAGUGGCAGUGAUGAGGAGGCGCCAGAUGUACAGGAUAUGGCCCAGAAAUCCGUUUCUUGGGUGGAAGCUGCAAAGUUGCAGACUGAUGUCGGGAAAGUCUACUCGAUCAUCCGCCGGGAUGUGCCUGUUCUUGAGAUGCGAGUCCGUGGGAGGAAAGUGAUGCGUCGUCAAAUAGAUUCGUGGCUCAACGCGGGACAAAUUCUUCGGGUAGCUGAACUUACAGAUGGUGACAGAAACAAAGCCAUCCGCACUUUAAGAGCAGCGAUGCCCGGCGGAUUUGAAACGGUGAACGGUGGUGACUGGCUAUAUCAAGGUACUUGGGUUCCCUAUGAGAGCGGAAGAGAGCUGGCCAGACAAUUUGGUGUCGAGCAGAUUCUUCUACCGCUGUUGGAAUGCGAAUACAGCUCAGGUGCAGUACGGGGAACAGGCCAACGUGUGAAAAGUUCAGCCAACAGUGGAAAGGACUCUGUUCGGAAACAAAGGAUGCGAAAGAUCUAUUCGACGGGCAGACAACAGAAGAUGAGAAAGAGCAAGUCCCAAACCUUCCUGUUGCAAAGGCUAGUCAACAUGAGUGGCCCAGCAGCAGCGACAGUGAAGACGAGAUUCCUGCCGUCCGUCCUGUUCGCGUGCACUUAA